UGGCAACAGUGAAACACAAACGGGAGAAGAAUUAAAAAAGAAAAAGAAAAAGUUGUUUGAUAGCAGCUCGUUGACAAAAUGUUGGUUUCCGAGUCAGACGUUGAGGAAACACUGAAGAGUAUUGAAAACCAUGAAAGUGUUAUUGGAACAGUUGUUGUGAAUGCACAAGGUAUUCCCAUCAAAACAACUUUAGACAACUCCAAGACUAUUCAGUAUGCAGGACUUCUUCGCGACCUCACAGCAAUGGCCAGGAGCGUGGUCAGAGACAUUGACCCUCAGAAUGACCUCACCUUCCUCCGCAUCCGCUCAAAAAAUAAAGAGAUUAUGGCUGGUCUAGAGAACGACUACCUGCUGAUAGCCCUUCAAAACCUGUGAACAGCUGCCAGAUUGUCAGCCUCUUUCAUAUGGCUGUGCUUCACUUCCCACUGUUUUCUAUCUUAAUUGCUCAUUUUCCAUUUAGUUCUCAAGCAGUUGGCCUUUUACCUUGUCUGYAAUGUCCUGAUGCAUCUCAGUAAUCCAGGUAAAAAAUCAAAAAGAAAAAAAAUUGUAUAGAACUUCU